AAGUCCUGUCGCGCCUAAGUUGACCUGUUACCCAACAGCGGAAAUACAACUCGGAGCGCUGCUAGUUAUGCUUGCUGUACACUCGGAACAAAAUGCUGCAGCAGAACAAACAAGUAGGAGCACUAAUGGCGUAAAAAUGUAUAAAAAGAUCGAGCUUGGGCAGCUUACCCCCCAUAACAUCAAGCAAUUCAGAUUGAUAAAUCAAACUGUUUUUCCAGUCACAUAUACAGAAAAAUUCUAUAGUGAUGUUCUAAAGAAUAGUAAAAUGUGCAGACUUGCUUACUUCAACGAUAUCGUUGUUGGGGCUGUUAGCUACAGAAUCGAAAACGUUGUGGUAAAAAGUGUCGAUAUGGCUGCAGAUGAUAAUAAUGGUCAGGCCAAUCAAACCGUUAAGAAGUGUUAUAUUAUGACAUUAGGAUGUCUAGCACCUUAUAGAGGCUAUGGUGUUGGUACGCUUAUGCUGAAACAUGUCAUUAAAAGCUGUUUGAAGUAUGGUGGAAUUAAAAGUAUUUAUCUGCAUGUUCACGUUGGUAAUGAUGGUGCGGUGGCGUUCUAUAAACGUUUUGGUUUCGAAAUAACUGGAGAAGUUAAUGAUUACUACCGUCGUAUACACCCACAAACUGCCUAUGUACUUGAAAGAUCCUUAUCUGCUACAGAAGCCAUAGAAUCCGAUUCAGAAUCUGAUUAAACUUUCAUUUAAAUGUAAAUACGUCAUUUAUUUUUGCUAUCCAUAAAUACAACUAUGGCAGCUUG